AUGGCAACCAUUGAUGUAUUAACCGCCACCGCCACCGCAACCCACCUCACCCACCUCCUCCAAUCCAACACCCUCACCAGCGUGGACAUCGUCAAUGCUUACCUCGCUCAAAUCACCAAACACAAUCACUCCGGUCUCGGCCUUAGAGCGCUCAUAUCCGUCAACCUGGAGACAGCCCUAUCCCAGGCCGCUGAUCGCGAUAAAGAACGUGCCCAAGGCUACAUCCGCGGUCCGUUACACGGCAUCCCCAUUAUUGUUAAAGAUGCGAUCAUCACCGCUAAAUCCCUGGGUCUGCCAACCACAGCCGGAGCAGUAGCAUUCAAAGAUACCUACGGAAAACAAAAUGCCGCUGUUAUCGACCAUCUUCUUGACCAGGGGCUGAUCAUCCUCGGUAAAGCGAGCAUGACCGAGUUCUGUGGACUCAAGGCCUUUUGCAUGACGGCCGGUUGGUCAGCGGUGAACGGAAUGACGCAGUCAGCCUAUAUCCAGGGGGGAUUUCGAUCAGAUGAUCUCUUCAUCGGAAGAUCAGGACCCGGAGGCUCGUCGUCUGGGUCGGGGGUGGGUGUGUCGGCGGGGUUUGCGCCCUUGUCCAUUGGAACGGAGACUUCGGGGUCGAUUUGUAUGCCUGCUAAUCGGGCGGGGUUGUAUUCGUUGGUGGCUACGAGGGGGAGUGUUUCGAUGGAGGGGGUGUUUAGUUUGAGUUCCGGGUUUGAUCGGUUGGGUGGGAUGGCGAAAUGUCCGGAGGAUUUGGCGUUGUUGAUGCGGGUGUUGAAUGGGACAAGGGGGGAGGAGGGGAUGUGGGGGGAUGUGAGGGUGGGGUUUGUGGAUCCGGUUGUUUGGGAUGCGUUUGGGUUUCAGAAGGAGAGGGAUGAGGAUGUGGAGAGGCAGAUUUUGGAUAAAUAUGAAUGGGCUCGGGAGCAGAUUGCUCGGCGGGGCGGGCGUGUGGUCUAUCCGGUGGAACUUCCCUCGAUGGAGGAUCUGAAAUAUGAGGGGAAGAGUGUGAGCUAUUCGGUGGCGUUUUAUGAGUUCCCCGGGCUGUUUCGGAAGUUUUGCUCCCUGCUGGAUGCCCCAAGGGUGACCUCGGUGGAAGAGCUUGUCGAGUAUAAUGAGCAGAAUGCUGCCAGUGCUAUGCCUGAGCCACACUCCGAUCAAAAGGAUCUUAUUGAUACGCUCCACUCGUCCAUGGCGGAGGAGAGUGUGGCUGCUGCAAAGGCAUAUGGACACCGACGAGCUGGCCCGGAGGGGAUUGACGCCGCCCUUGAAAAACACCAGAUCGAUCUGAUUAUUGGUCCAGGAGACUGUGCCACUUGUGCUGUGGCUGCUCUGGCGGGAUACCCUACGGCCAUGCUACCAAUGAGUCGGUUGGAAGGAAAAGGGGGCAUGGGGCAACCGCAGGGCCUGAUGGUGGUUGGCAGUGCGGGGAGUGAGGGCAAGAUGCUGCAGCUGAUGCAGCGGUGGGGGGAAGUGGUGGGACCCUGGGAGGUGCCUCCUUUGCUGGUGGACUGA